GGAGGAGUGGGUUGACAAGGUUGGGGUCCACGGGCCAGCGCCAGAGGGGAUCGGAGCUCCGGACCGUGGCUGAGCUGCUGAGGGCGCCAUGGAGCCGCGGCGGCCGGCGGGAGGGGCGAGGGUGGCGAGGCCUUGCUUUUCGGGGCCUAUCGCUCCCAUCCCUGGGGAUGUGGCCUCAUGGAUGAGCUGGUACAUGACUUAGCCUCAGCCUUGGAGCAGACAUCUGAGCAGAAUAAGCUUGGUGAGCUGUGGGAGGAGAUGGCCCUGAGCCCUCGGCAGCAGAGGCGGCAGCUUCGGAAACGCCGAGGCCGGAAGCGUCGUUCAGACUUUACUCACCUGGCAGAGCAUACCUGCUGCUAUAGCGAGGCCUCUGAGUCAAGUCUGGAUGAGGCCAUUAAGGACUGUCGAGAAGUGGCCCCAGUCACCAAUUUUAGUGACUCAGAUGACACAAUGGUAGCCAAACGGCACCCAGCUCUCAAUGCCAUUGUUAAGAGUAAGCAACAUUCUUGGCAUGAAUCUGACUCCUUUACUGAAAAUGCACCUUGUCGACCACUCAGGCGCCGGCGGAAGGUAAAGCGAGUGACAUCAGAGGUGGCUGCCAGCCUUCAGCAGAAGCUGAAGGUGUCAGAUUGGAGCUAUGAGAGAGGCUGCAGGUUCAAGUCUGCUAAGAAGCAACGUCUGUCCCGCUGGAAGGAGAAUACUCCCUGGACCUCAUCAGGCCACGGGUUGUGUGAAUCAGCAGAAAAUAGGACUUUCCUAAGCAAAACGGGGAGGAAAGAAAGGAUGGAGUGUGAAGCAGAUGAACAAAAACAGGGCUCUGAUGAGAACAUGUCAGAAUGUGAAACCAGCAGUGUGUGUAGCAGCAGUGACACUGGGCUCUUUACCAAUGAUGAAGGACGGCAAGGGGAUGAUGAGCAGAGUGAUUGGUUCUAUGAAGGAGAAUGUGUCCCAGGAUUCACUGUCCCUAAUCUUCUGCCCAAGUGGGCUCCUGAGCAUUGCUCUGAAGUAGAAAGAAUGGAUUCUGGACUGGAUAAACUUUCAGAUUCCACAUUCCUUUUACCUUCUCGGCCAGCUCAAAGAGGGUAUCAUACUCGCUUGAAUCGUCUGCCUGGAGCUGCAGCUCGAUGCCUCAGAAAGGGGCGGAGAAGGCUUGUUGGAAAGGAGACCAUAAGUACUUUGGGUACUGAGAGGAUAAGCCAUAUCAUUAGUGACCCUCGGCAGAAAGAAAAGAAUAAAGCGUUGGCUUCUGACUUUCCUCACAUUUCUGCCUGUGCGCAUGAGUUUAAUCCCCUUUCUCCUCUGUACUCCCUGGAUGUUCUUGCUGAUGCUUCUCACCGAAGGUGUUCACCAGCACACUGCUCUGCCAGACAGGCAAACAUACACUGGGGACCACCAUGUUCACGUGACAUUAAGAGGAAACGGAAACCUGUGGCCACAGCAUCUCUGUCUAGCCCCAGUGCAGUUCACAUGGAUGCAAUGGAGCCAACCGCACCAGUAUCACAAGCCCAGGAAUCUCCAAACUCUGAGUGGUUGGUCAGGACCUCUGCAGCAGAGAAAGCCACUGACUCAACUACAGCUACAUUUUUUAAAAUGCCACAAGAAAAGAGCCCCGGACACAGCUAAAGAACACUAUUUCACCUGCCAGGAGCUGACUCAAUGUUGUUGAAACAAAUGUUAGACUUUGUAUUAUAUGGUCUUGCAUAUCUUAAUUGACAUUCCUAGUCCUCACCAUCAGGGCCGACUCCUCUUCAAACACAGCAGUGGACUCUUUCUCUUAGAAAAUCAUCUUGUGGAAAUCGCUCUCUCUUUUCUUUUUAAAUUAGUAAAGUAUUGAGACAGCAAUUUUUUUAAAAAAAAGAUUAUGCUAUGCUAUGCUAUAUUUGUUACAUUAUUAUUGCUGUCCCACAUUUACAUACAGCUCCAUUUAUAGAGCUGUUGAUUUUUGCAGGUGUGUCUUUGUUCUUGAAAAAGUAGUAACUGCUUUUGCAUACCUUUUGUGUAGAGUUUUUACUAUCAGUUGAGGAAAUCCCACAUUUGCAGCCAGUUCCAAACAAAUUUAAAUACCAAGUUAAGACCUGUAUGGAAUUGUGUUUGCAGGAUAUAAGGCUUGCCUUUGAGCUUGGUCUUGAUUCACUCAGAGUGCCAAUAAGAUAAAUCAGCCAAGUUCUCAAUUUGGAACCUCAGAAGAGACGCCAGCAGCCUGGACUUCCGGAACUUCCUCCAUUUUUAUGCAAAUGGCUAAUGGGAUCACCAGCAGCCGCUUUGUACUUUACCUCAUCUCCAAAGUUUGUGUUCUACCAAAAGAGGACAUAUCCGUAUACACAAAUUGGUGUAAUGAUGUUUUAGGUGUACAGCAAAUUUAAAAUUGUCAGUGGAUUGUGUCUUACUAUUUCAUGUCCCAGUGUAAGCUUUUAUGUCUUAAAUGGGACUUUAUUGUUAGUAUUAUCGAUCAAUAACCUGAAGCAGAAAUUCAUCAUCUAUUAUAAUAUGGCUUUUGGGGGCCAGGCUUUGGGAAGGAAAAUGUCUUUUUGACAUGCCUUUAUACUUGGCAUGUUUAUGAUGGCUCAGCUGCAUGUAGAGUUACAUAUACAGUCGUGCCUGAAGUUGGAUGCUACUUUGUCAAAAUGAGGAAUAAGUGACUGCCUGGAGCUGCUGGAGAAAAGCCACCCUUUCUCAAAAGUGUUAUCAAGACUGUCGUUCAGGGGCCUGGUUGACAGAAGGGCUCUUUUUUUGUACAAAUUGAGUGCUUUUAUUCUGAAAUACAUGGAAGCUGUUUGCUAAGUACUCACUGAUCUGGUCAUGUUAUAGAGGAACUUCCACUCCUGUACCUAGUUAUGUUCUGUCUUAAAUAGGUGCUGAGUGGGGCAGUGCCUCCUUUCCCCAAAGAGUGAUUGGCUCUUUUUCCCACAUAGAUGUAAUGGUGGGCUGCUUUAUCAUGGUUCUUUUAAAAAUUACAGUCCUUAUCAGUGGACACUCCAGAAUUUCUUUAUCAGUGAGGUGGGGAGGUGUGUGGGCAUGACUCUAGUCGGAAAGGGGGACUUGAAGCUAAGUUUACAUAGCACUUUAUGUAAGACUGAAAACAUAUCAAUUGUCUGUAACAAGGAAUUUGGUAGAGGGAGGGACACAUGGAGAUUAUGGGAUGGGAAAGGAGUAGUACUAAAGCCAACCCAGAGUCCCUCAGACUCUCCCCUGGUUCUCAUGUGCUCAUGAGUGUAUUCACAGGGGGUUUCAAAGCUGCACUUUCCUUACCCAUGGGCUGUACCCGUAGAAGUAUAGAAAAUAUCUGUUGAAUAUAAAAUGGCUCUACUGAAUUGUUUUAGUGAUGAAGGUAGGUUUUAUUGUUAUGUGCAUUCUCACCUAGUCCUCAUAGUGACCUGUGGCAUAUGUUUCUAACAUACUUGGUUGGAUUUAAUAGAGAAAUCUAUGGAUAUAAUUUUUUUUUCUUCAUGCCAAACUCUGUGGUUUAUACAGAGAUUGAUCCUGUGAUCAUGACCUUUUAAGUCCUCUACAGUUCAAGUGGCCAAGGUGUUCCAGCUUCUUUUCUUCAUGACGUGUUGCUUAAUAGUCCUCCUUUCUAUCUAUGAUUAAAAAUAAUUUACAUAUACAACUUUAUUUUUUAAACAUCUCUACAAAGUCAUGCCAUUUUCCAGAGAUGAAAACAGUCACUUGCUAAAAAUCACAUAACUAAACCCAGGGCUAAAAUCCCAGACUUUGUCUGCAUAAUCUGUUGUUUUUCAGUGAUAGACCUGAGGCAUUCUGAGACCCAUAUUUAUGAAACAGUAUGCCAUGAAUGUUUAUUGUCUUUAUUGGGCAUGCUUUUCUACACAUUUUGAAUACUUUCAACAGGGGUCACCCAAGAAUGCAACAUCUCCCUGUAACAAAUGGGAAGAAAAUUAGUUGCCUCCGAGAAUGGAAUAUUAAGCACACAAAUUCUUUCCAACACAGGGUUGUGAAAUUGUGCCCCUCAUAUUAAGGUGCUGUAUGUGCAUGCUUAAGGAAUUAUUAAUCAACUUAUUCUGCUUGUUUUCUGUAUUAACCAAUUCCAGAGGAUCAAGUGAAUUUUGAAUCUUAAAAUUUAAAUUUCCUUCUUAUAUGGCAUGGUGUAUAAUGCCAUAAAUUAAGAAAAAUCUGUUACCUUUCAAGAAAAUAUACUUCUUUCAAAAUCAUGUUUUUGUAACCAGUGUUGGAGAAACUGAUAGCAUCACUUACUUUGGGGAUGAUCCUUGAGCUCACAUGUUUGAUUUGCUCAGAAGUAAUAACUGAAGCUGAGUUCCACAGUUUUUAUUUGUCUCAGGGUUCUGAUUUAUACCAGCUAGCUACACAGAUUGCCUGAGUCCUCAUCUCGUGUGUUUUCCACAAUGGGCAAAGUCAAGACAUUAUCUACUUGCAUGAGGAUCAUUCAUAAAAAGUUAGUUUGACUUGUGAGUUUAAGGGGAUUUGAGAUUAUUUUUCAGAUGCAGUAUUUUAAAGAAAACAACUCUAUUUGUAUCAAAACUUUUGUGUUGCCUUUUGAUAAGAACUGAUGAGAAGAGGAAAUUGGUAGGUAUUUACAUGGUACCAAGUUUGGAGGGGGAGAAUAUUUUACUGAGUGGUAUAUGGCUAGAAAAUAUCUAUAUCUAUAUAUCUAUACCACAGCCUGGGAAAUUCUGGUGCUGCAGACUUAAAGGGGCAGAGUUAUCACAGAAGUCACUUGGCAUUGAAAAAGUUACAGUGUUGAAAAAGGAGCUAGGCUGGCACAGUCAUUGCUGAUGUGAUGGGUUCUCCACUUAGGCUCCAGGUGAAGGCUCCUGACCAUGCAUGAUUAUUUCAGGUCUUUAUUUUGGCUUCAUCACUGUGGUUCUGCACUACGUGCCCCCCCCCCCCCUUGGGGAGGAGGCUAUGUAAAAACCUCAGCAUUAGAAGCUAUUCUGUGUCCUAUACAUAUGUCUUGUGAACCUUAUCUGAGCUGGGAUGGGAGUGGAGCGGCUUAUUCUAGCAGCUGUUGGAAAGUCUAAUUGGAGACAGUUAGAGGAUGUGUCGUGGUUCAUAGGAUGGUGGGAGGGAUGGUAGAAGAAGUUUGCUCUUGUCGGCUGCUUCCUUUGCUAAUGCUUGAGCUGCCGGUUUUGCUUGUUUUUAUUCCUUUAUCUCCCACUCCUAUUGUAACAGUUAGCAGAGUUGCCAUUUCUGGCAACAAUCAGGUUGGGUUCCUAACCCAUCAGAAAACUGGUACAGAGGGGAAAGGUGAGGAAAAUGGUCAGUUUCACCACUAAGCACUAAACCCAAGUGGCACAGCUGCUUUCUACUAUGUUAUGAUCACAAAAAGAUGAACAUCAAAUGCCUGGAAAUAAUAGCAACACCAAAAAGAAAUAAGGUGAGCCACAUUGCUGAAGAGUGUGGAUUAUAAGUUUUUAACAAGCCCAGAAAAACAAACUUGUGGCCAGAAGAAGAAAUUUUCCAGCCACUGCAAAUGGAUAUAAAAAGCAUUUGGUAAAAUUUUCAGAUUUGGGGACUAAAAUGUUUCAAGUACAGCAUUGAAGAAUGGAUCAGAUCUGGAAGAUGUUCAGCAAGGAAAGUCUUGGCGAGACGGAGAAGUGGGAAGCAGGGGGAAUAGAAGGGGAGAAGCUGAAAGCAGGGGUCCUCGAAGUGUGGCCCUCAGGCCAGCACCAGCAGCCCUUUUUUCAGCCCCACCAGACCCACCAAGUCAGAAACUCUGAGGGUAAGGCUAAAGUUAGAACCGCAGGCUUUGCCACAGUUUAAAGGAAAUGUUUUAAUGUACUUGUAUCUUCCUAAGCUCUGAGGUGCAAUCUUUAUUUCCCUCCCUAAGUAAAGAGAUGUAUUGUGUAUUUACCAUAUUUUUUUCUCCACAAGCUCCUGAAGGAUCCUCUGGAAAUAUUGAGGAAUAAGAUGUGGAGGAAAAUGCCAUCAAAGCCAUGUUUAGAUGGAUGAAAGUAACCUUUUUAAAAUGGAUAAAAACGUAGCAAUGAAUGUUUAGUCUUGAAGGAUAGUCUUUUUCACAAUUGACAGUAAAAACAUUUAUGUAAGAUACUUCCAUCUGUGAGUUUACCAUAUUUGUUCAUUAGUUCUUAGUUUCAGGGGAAAGUGUCAUGUAUUUUCCAGCGUGAUGAUGAAUCCUUUAAAGUAUGGCUCAUAAAAAUGAAAACAUAAUUGGAAGAAAAAAACCACUUUGGUACAUUGCAGCUGUGUAAUAAAUACCUGUUGAGUUAUUGGUAA